AGGCGGCUCCGCUCGCGGCCGGGGAGGCACCAGGGAGGAGGAACAGGGCUGCGGAGCUGGGGCGUUAGCUGCGUCCCGGCUUGGAGCCCGCGCGAAGAGGACGAGAACCAAGGCGCCGCCGUGGCCACGGCUGCAGCACUCUGGGCGCGACAAGCCAUGAGCAGCGACCGGGAGGUCGCUGGCCGCCGCUGAGACCAACCCCGACACAGCUCGCCGCGCCCUGGCACCACCUCCAGCGGACACCCUCGCCCCCAGAGAAGCAUGAUUCCAGUGACCGAGUUCCGACAGUUCUCCGAGCAGCAGCCCGCCUUCCGGGUGCUGAAGCCAUGGUGGGAUGUGUUCACAGAUUACCUCUCGGUGGCCAUGCUGAUGAUCGGAGUGUUUGGAUGUACAUUACAGGUCAUGCAAGACAGGAUCAUCUGCCUUCCGAAAAGAGUGCAGCCUGAUCAGAACCACUCUUCCAUUUCCAAUGUCUCUCAGGCAGUUAUCAGUACCACCCCACUGCCUCCACCUAAGCCCUCUCCCACCAACCCCGCCACGGUGGAGAUGAAGGGAUUGAAGACAGACCUGGACCUUCAGCAGUACAGUUUCAUCAACCAGAUAUGUUAUGAGCGAGCCCUCCACUGGUAUGCCAAGUAUUUCCCGUACCUUGUGCUCAUCCACACCCUGGUCUUCAUGCUCUGCAGCAACUUUUGGUUCAAAUUCCCUGGUUCCAGCUCCAAGAUAGAACAUUUCAUCUCCAUCCUGGGGAAGUGCUUUGACUCCCCGUGGACUACACGGGCGCUCUCUGAAGUGUCUGGGGAGGACUCGGAAGAGAAAGACAACAGGAAGAACAACAUGCACAGGCCCAACACCAUCCAGUCUGGUCCUGAAGGCAAUCUGGUCAACGCCCAGUCUCUCAAGUCAAUUCCUGAGAAGUUUGUGGUUGACAAAUCUACGGCAGGGGCUCUGGACAAAAAGGAAGGGGAGCAGGCGAAGGCCUUAUUUGAGAAGGUGAAGAAGUUCAGGCUGCACGUGGAAGAAGGUGACAUCCUGUAUGCCAUGUACGUUCGGCAGACCGUGCUUAAGGUUAUCAAGUUCCUAAUCAUCAUUGCGUAUAACAGUGCUCUGGUUUCCAAAGUCCAGUUUACCGUGGACUGUAACGUGGACAUCCAGGACAUGACGGGCUAUAAAAACUUUUCUUGCAACCAUACCAUGGCUCACUUGUUCUCUAAACUAUCCUUUUGUUACCUGUGCUUCGUGAGCAUCUACGGCUUCACGUGCCUUUAUACCUUGUACUGGCUCUUCUACCGUUCUCUGAAGGAAUAUUCUUUCGAGUAUGUCCGGCAGGAGACCGGAAUCGAUGACAUUCCGGAUGUGAAAAAUGACUUUGCCUUUAUGCUCCACAUGAUAGACCAAUAUGACCCUCUCUAUUCCAAGCGGUUUGCAGUGUUCCUGUCUGAAGUCAGCGAGAACAAAUUAAAGCAGCUCAAUUUAAAUAACGAGUGGACCCCUGACAAACUGAGGCAGAAGCUGCAGAUGAAUGCCCACAACCGCCUGGAGCUGCCUCUGAUCAUGCUGUCUGGCCUUCCAGACACCGUGUUUGAAAUCACAGAGUUGCAGUCUCUGAAGCUAGAGAUCAUUAAGAACGUCAUGAUACCCGCCACCAUCGCCCAGCUAGACAACCUUCAGGAGCUCUCUCUGCACCAGUGUUCUGUCAAAAUCCACAGCGCAGCACUGUCUUUCCUGAAGGAAAACCUCAAAGUCCUGAGCGUCAAGUUUGACGACAUGAGGGAGCUGCCCCCCUGGAUGUACGGCCUCCGAAAUCUGGAAGAGCUCUAUCUGGUUGGUUCUCUGAGUCACGACAUCUCCAAAAAUGUCACCCUGGAGUCCCUGCGGGAUCUCAAAAGCCUUAAAAUUCUCUCCCUCAAGAGCAACAUCUCCAAAAUCCCUCAGGCCGUGGCAGAUGUGUCCAGUCACCUCCAGAAGAUGUGCAUCCACAAUGACGGCACCAAGCUGGUGAUGCUGAACAACCUGAAGAAGCUGGUCAAUCUGACAGAGCUGGAGCUGGUACACUGCGACCUGGAGCGCAUCCCCCACGCCGUGUUCAGCCUCCUCAGCCUCCAGGAACUGGACCUGAAGGAAAACAACCUGAAGUCAAUAGAAGAAAUCGUGAGCUUCCAGCACUUGAGAAAGCUCACUGUGCUCAAACUGUGGUACAACAGCAUCACGUACAUCCCAGAGCACAUCAAGAAACUGACCAGCCUGGAGCGACUGUAUUUCAGCCACAACAAGGUAGAGGUAUUGCCUUCCCACCUCUUCCUCUGCAACAAAAUCCGAUACCUGGACUUGUCCUACAAUGACAUUCGCUUCAUCCCGCCCGAAAUCGGAGUUCUGCAAAGUUUACACUAUUUUUCCAUCACUUGUAACAAAGUCGAAAGCCUUCCAGACGAACUCUACUUUUGCAAGAAACUUAAAACUCUGAAGAUUGGGAAAAACAGCCUCUCCGUACUUUCACCAAAAAUUGGAAAUUUACUAUUUCUUUCCUACCUAGACAUCAAAGGCAAUCACUUUGAAGUUCUCCCUCCUGAGCUGGGAGACUGCCGGGCUCUGAAGCGAGCUGGGUUAGUUGUGGAAGAGGCUCUGUUUGAGACCCUGCCCUCAGAUGUCCGGGAGCAAAUGAAAGCAGAGUAGCUGAUUUCUCAUCAAACCGUGACUGAAAUAUGCUUCUACCAAAUACAGUGUAAAGAGUUAGGUCAUCCUAAUUAAUGCCUUUCCUAUAUUAUUUUUGGGGUUUUGGGGUUUUUUUUCCGUUUUUUUUUUCCACACAAGACAAAAUGUACACAAAGAUUGAGUAAGGAGUAUGUAUUUUUUAAUAAAAAUUUGAUUGUAUUUUUUCAAUAUGGGUGGUUCCUUCUGG